AUGCGACACGCCUCUGAAACGCCGACUGCCGUCCUCUUGGUGGACAUCCAAGAAGGAUUCAAGCACCCGACGCACUGGGGUUCAUCCCGCAGCACGCCAUCGUUCGAAGCCAAUGUCGCAAGCAUUCUGCGCGCAGCCCGCGAACGUAACUCUGCAAUUGCAUCGUCACAAUCAUCUGAGACGCCGAUAUCCAUCAUUCACGUCCACCACCACUCUCGCUCUCCGACAUCCGCACUGCAUCCGUCUCACUUCCUUGAAGGCUCAUCGACGCCGUCCGUCUCUCCCUUGCAGUUCGCGGCACCUUUGAACAAUGAGACGAUUCUCGUCAAGAACUUCAACAGCAGCUUUGUGGGAACUCAGCUGGAGUCCAUUCUUAGAUCGGGUGGCAUCCGACAGCUCGUGGUUCUCGGGCUGACAACAGAUCAUUGCGUGAGCACCACUGUCCGCAUGGCGGCAAACCUACAGGUUCUGGGAGACGACGGAGGACCGGAUGGCAAUGGGGAGGGCGUUCAUGGGGUCAUCCUGGUGCGGGAUGCGGUUGCUGCUUACGAAAAGGGGGGAUUCGAUGCAGAGACGGUGCAUGCUGUGAGCUUGGCAAGCCUCGAUAGAGAAUUCGCUGAGGUUGUCUCUGCGAAGGAUGUCACGACGAAAGUAAUUGGGGACAUUUCUGUCAACUGA